CCGUCCAGCUCGACCCUGAAUUCAGGGGCACACCCCUGAACAAAAAAUAAACAUCAACAAUUCUAACUGCCAGCACACCCACCCCUUUCAAGCAGCUCAAGGCCAUUCUUGAUGGAUGGUGGAUUCAAUGUUGCUAUCUGUCGACAAGCUGGAGUGCCUCAUAUUGGUGGUAGACGGCACGGUAGCUGGCCGAUGGUAAUUGGCAACCCCACCUCACAGCGCAGGCCAACAUUUUGCAGUCAAUGGGCCAGGACGAAGAGGAGAUAGGCCUGACUUCGCAAGCUUCUGGUUAUCUUCAACGGAAUCGGUUGACUGUUUCCAUCCCCAUUGUGGCUAUCCGGCACUUGCCCCAAGACGAUGUCUCAAGGUGUGGAGGAGUCAUCAAUUGUGUUUGCUCGCAGGCCGACGACCAUGUAUUUUUCAUGCACAUACCACGCCCUCUGGGCGUUGUCUCCCGUUGUCUCCCAUUGAUCAUUCAACAACGAUUGGCAAUUGGGAGAUGCUCCCUGUUACACUCUCGUCCGAAGUCACUCGGGCCCACUCCUUCCAGAAUUGCCGGCCACCUGUCGCCAUUGCCCGGGCACAGCUCCGGAGAAGUGGGGCCAAGUUCAGCCUCUUCCGGCUUCCGGUCCCUCCGGCCUCCGCCAUUGGCCGCCCGGAAACGUCAAGCCCUCCGGAUUCUGAAUCACAUACGCAGUAACACCACCCACAGGCGCUCGACCACCAUGAUUUCCACUGCCAUGGCCUGUGACACCACAACGAACUCGCUCAGUUCUUUCUCUUUAGUGAACGGACACUCCGACAGUCAACCUUGGAAGCAGUCUCACAACGUGAAGUCACCGGCACUAGCACAUUCCUUCGUUCUGGACAACAACAUCACCUUCUCAGCAUUCAAGUUUGUCUGUCGAUGCGGCAGGAACAAGACCUUUUCUUUCAUCUUGAGAUCUCGUCCCCCAUCCGUCCACGGUUAAGUUCAACGAAACUAUCUUCUCUUCAGUGAAGUCCUCCGCUGUCAACGGGUUCUCCUUCACUUCAGCAAAUCUCCCUCGAACUUAGGACGGAUUCCUCAACUUAUCCGAUGAAAACUGCAUGCAGUUCAACUGAAUUCACUCCUUCUUCAGCGAACUCUUCUGCACUUGCGUGAAAU